AAACGAGUUGUCGGAGCGUUUGGACGUGUGCACAUCUGCAGCAGCGCAGUUUUUUUGAACGAAAGCAGAAAUACAAAUGUAUGUACAAGAAAAAAAAAAAAAACAAAAGCAAAAUAUACCGUGAAAUAACAACAGCCAACAGGCAGAGUGUUGAAAAAGCGCAAAGUUUAUAAUUAAAAGCAAAUUCAAACACAAAAAAAAGUUCAAAAAAAAUUCUUGUAAAAAUAAAUCAAAUAAAAUCGCACGCCGUAUCGAUAUAUAAAAUAUAUUGCACACGUACGUAUGUAUGUAUGUAUGUAUGUGUACGUACGCCUGUGUAAGCGAAAAAACACGAAGUGGCGAAACUAAUAAUAAUAGCAACAGCAAUAGCAAUAAAAAGUAAAAGAAUAAGAAAGAGCACAGUGAGCAAGCACAGCGUCUGCGAUUAAUGACGACGAGUGUAUGUAUGUUUGUGUGUGUUUGAAAGUAAAAUAACGAGAAAAAAAAUCUAUAAUAAAUAAUUGUAAAAGCAGAAAUUAAUCAAUUAUUACUUGUGCCAAAGAGUACAGAGUUCAAAUUGAGUGGAAAAUUAAAUAAGUAUUUGAAAAAGCAGCAACAACAAAGAGUUCUUGCAAAAAGUAUCUACAUAAUUGGAGACUUUUUUUGAAACAAAGUAUCUUCUUUGGCCCAACCAACCGCUGUGUAGUUUCUAAUGUGUGAUUUUGAUUUUUCAAGUGUCUUCACAAAUACUGUCUUCUAAAGGAUUAUGUCACCACUAGCGCAACAGAAGAAGCUUGUUGUGUUUUUGUGAACGUUCAAAAAAAAAAAUUAUAAUAAAUAGAGGUGUAAAGAAUUAUACGCCGAAAAAAGGUUGCAAACUACGCAGAGAAGAUUAAGAGAUUAACGAUUAGGCGCAGCUAAAGGUAGAAGAAGAACAACAAGGCAAGUCGCCUACGCACAAAAGCUAUUGACAACAAGCAGAAAGCAUAAAAGAAGCUAAUUUUAGUGAAGAAGCUGUGCGCGCUAUUGAAUUCUUCGCGCCGUAAAAGCGUGUCUUUGACAUAAAAACGUAUCAAAAAAGUCAACACAGAAUUACUACCUUCAUUUACGUUGUGGGAAAAAAAAGUCCCCGGUCAGAGAAAAUUAAAUCUAACAUUUGGAUUCCAUAAGCGUUCCUCUUAAUGUCUAAUUUCGCACAUUAACUACGCCAACACACAAGCACAGUCAGUCACACACAUAAAGCUAAGUGGUGUGUGGAGUAUCUAAGAGCCGGCGCACGGACCGAGUGCGCAAGAAACACGUGUAGUAGACCAAGACCAAGAAGACUAUAUAUAUAAAGUAAAUAAAAGAAUUAGUGCAAAAGAAGCAGCGAAAAGUAGUAUCAAGUGAAAUAAGUUAAAAAAACUUCCUCGCUUGCUCGCUGUGUCGUUGUGUUUGCCGUUCAUACGCUCGAGCAGACGUCAGCAGUCACGCGUCGCGUCGCGUCGAGUCGCUAACUUCACCUGUAUCUCCACCAACUCGUACUCCUUCGCGGCUGCUUAUACACAAAUAAACAAAACGUAGCUACGUGUGAGUUUUUUUUUUUUUUUUUUUUGUUUUUGUUUUUUUGCUAUUUAGUAUCUUUUGCGCUUCUUGGGUCUUCAUCGGGCUUUGCGUUGUCGCUAACGUCGCGUAAUAUAUUUUAUUGUCUCGCUCAGUGGACAGACGUGGGUUUUGUGCAAAUUAAAUUACAAUAGAAGCAAGUAAAUACAUAAUGCAUUCGUAUGUGUCUGUGUACGUAAGUUAAGCUAAAAGCAGUGCGGUGCUAAAUGUUAUUUGCUCAAUUGGACGUGCAAGAUUAGCGCGCCAAAUCGGUUACAUAGCAGUUUAGUGGUUUCCGAGGUCAGUUGUGUGGCACGCAGUGUGAAACGAAUAAAUAAAAUCUCGCGCUGUUAAACGCACGAGACGAGACACACGGCAAAGAACGCAGUCGAAACUGCGCAGGUACCUACUCAGUUUGUGUGCGCACAGGGAGACAAAAGUAAGAUUAAAAAUAAGUAAAAGCAAAUCACAUAAAUUAUAUAAUAGUAAACAAAAAGUGUCUCUAAGUAAGUAGAUUGCCUUUAUAACCUUCGAAAAAAAAUCAACAAAAAAAUCACUGCGGUCUUCAGACAACCAGCCCCUACCCACCAGCUAAGUGGCCGUUUUAUGUGUUAUUUUUAGUCUGCUCUCUGUACAUUGACAAGCGUGUACGGAAGCGUUUUCACCCGACUGUGUGUCACUAUCCCCAAGUAGGAGAGUCAGUCGGAGGCGGUGUGUGCGGUGCGGCCGUAACCAAAAUAGCAGGCAAACAGCUGUUCAAGUGUAAUAAUAAAAAACAAAAAAAUAAACAACAAAAAGUGUGCAGCGUCUAAAAAUAACGGCUAGUGGAUUGUUCUGAAAGCAUAGAAAAUAAUAAAAAAAAAUUAAUAAAAUAAAAAAUAAAAAAAUAAAAAAGUUUCGAAGCCAAAAAAAUUGCUUGGCGACAAUUUGUGUUAUAUUUUAAAAGGAAAAGCAAGAGGUGUUGACAAAACGACAACACCACGCAUGCUGUGUCAUUUAUCAUUAAAUUAAAGUUUACUGUUUAAGCUGAACGCUUAAGCGCCGCGUGCAACCGUUUGUGGCAAGCAGUAUCUUACGAAUUUAUUGUUUUGCAAAUAAAAAAAUUAUAUUUUUUUUAUGAAAUUGAAACAAAAAUUUUUGUUGUAAACAUAUAUAAAAUAUUCACUUUUCUACAAAACCGUUAGCAAAAUUUUAAGUGCCUUUUUAUGUAAUUAAUUAGGAAAAAAAAUUUAAAAGAAAAAAUCCAUUAAUUGGCUGACAACACGUUAAAGCCAUAAAUAUCGUUACUAAACCGGUUAUUUUUAUUUUAAAUUUAUUUUUUUAUUUUUUUUUUUUAUAAAUUUUACAGUUUUGUGUUAUAGAUUUCAGCGCUAGCGGCAAACCAAGUUUGUAGUGAUUUGUUAAUUAUUUGCAUAGUGAAAUAUCAAAGGCUUGUUGCCGACAACAAGUAAUUACAAUAACAACAACAACUAAGCGAAAAAUAAAUAAGUUUCUAUAAAAGUAAAAUUAAAAAAUAAAAGAACAAAAUAAAAACCGCUGUGAGAACCAUUUCGCUACAAAGCACCAAUAAAUCGUAACGAAUCAACAACAACAAUACCGCAGCAAAAACAAAGGUUGAACUCCAUUUUUAAAUACACUAAAACAAAAGUGAGAAAACAAAACGAAAUAAUGGCAAACUCCGCCAAAAUUGUUGUUGGCAAUCAAAAUGCCACAGCAUCAGCGCCAACAGUAACAGCAAACAAUAAACAAUACCGUCAGCAACAUUCACUACUACUACUACUAUUCACGCUCUUGCAACUUUGCCUUGCCCUUUUGGUGGCAAGCAGUUGUUUGACAUUGCCAGCGGCGGCCAAUGCGAAACAUCUCGAUGGUCUACAUCAUUUUCAUGCACACCAUGAACACCAACAACAACAACAACACGAGCAUGGACAUCACAGACGCCGCUUGCAACGCGAUUCGACCAGUAAAAUUUUAAAUACACGCGAACAAUGCAACAACGUCCGGGAUUAUUUCGAAUCGAUCGACAUUAAGCUGGGCAGUGGCAACUUUGAGGAAAAAGGUGCCAUUUGUGGCGGUCACUGCUGUACGAAUGCAACCGAAUCCGAGCUGCGACUAAAGUCGACUGCCGAAUUUGAACGCCUGCUGCAUCAUCACACCAACAGUCUGCGCGGGAUACUCAAAUCUACGGCGAAUUUAUUUCAAAAACAUGUGCUCGAUCUUGCCGAACAGUCUGAGAAUAAAACGCUAGCGGUAUUUUCGCAAGUCUACCGACGCAUGGUGCCACAAUCGAGCGAAUUGAUCCACCAGCUCUAUGCUGAAAUUAUGAAUCAUUUGAGAAACGCGAACAGCAACAGCAAUCUGGAAGAUGCCAUACACAAAUUCUUCGUAAAUCUCUUUCCGGUUGCGUAUCAUCAAGCGGUGCAUUUGAGUAAGGAUAAUUACGGUGAAUUACAUGAGGAUUAUAUCAAUUGCUUGAAGCACACAUUCGACGAUUUGGAACCGUUCGGCAGCAUACCAAAGGAAAUCAAACGUAAUUUACUGCAGAGCAUACAGACAGCGACAAUCUUUCUGAAUUCACUACAACAAAGCGCUGAAGUGCUUAGCGAGACUGAUGAAUUGUAUUCGUCACAUCUGACCGAUACCUGUCAAAAGCAUUUACUCAAGAUCAGCUACUGUCCCAGCUGUAAUGGUUUGCAGAAGACGCAAGUGAAAUUAUGCUACAGCUACUGUAUGAAUGUAUAUCGUGGCUGUUCGGCUCAAUACGCCGGCGUAUUGGAUAGCCCUUGGUCCAAUGUUGUGGAUGCCAUUCAGAACUUGGUGACGACACACAUACGUUCUGAUAGCGGUAUUGUGACAACAAUUAAACAAUUGGAUAUCAAAUUGUCGGAAACUAUUAUGCGGGCUAUGGAAAAUGGACCUAACCUAGAAAUGAAGGUCAAGAAGACAUGCGGCACACCAAAACUGCUACCCUCUCUCACCGCAGACAGUGAGCCACGUCCAUUGGCAGCGCAUAACAUCAAAUGGGCCACACCACCAGAUGCGGAAAUUCUGCAUUUCCAAUCUACAAUUGAAAAAUCCAAAGAAUUCUUUACGAACAUCGUCAGCAAUGUCUGCGAGGAUGAUGACAUACAACGCAACGAUCAUAACUGCUGGACAGGCGAUCGUAUUGGCGAAUAUAAUAAUUUAGUUAUGACACCUGGUGUGGAUACGCAACGUUAUAAUCCCGAAGUACCGUUGACACCCAAUUCACAAUCGACGAAACUGAACGAAUUGGUGGAUAAGUUAAUUAAAGUGCGCAAAAAUAUUGGAACUGCGGUACCAUCUGCCACACGCUCAUACUCUGACAUCCAAAGUGAUAUGGCGCGCCACGACGAAGAGGGCUCCGGCCACAUGCCCGACGAUAUGGAUGAUGAAGAGUACGGCAGUCAGAAUGGCUCCGGUGACGGUUCCGGCGAUGGUCCCAGCCCAAUACCAUUCGAUCCACUAAGUCCAACCGAGAUCACCAACAAUGAUAUCGAGUCACGUCAAGAGAAUGCGGCGACGCACAGCCACAGCCGCUUUAGAAGCUCUCUGAUUGCCGCCGCAAUCGUACUAGUCACAAUUGUUGCCAGCCGUUUCACAAGCAGCAGCUAAAUGGGGAAGUAAGAAAAUAGCAUAAAAUGGAAGAAACAAACACAACAACAGCAAGAAGUAGCUCUGAAGGCUACAAGCGACAAGCAGCCAGCAAUAGAAUAUUUAUGUGAAAUGUCAAAUCGAAACUUUAUUUCACAUUAGUAAUACUAUAAAUAAUUAAUUUAUAUGAAAUGAGAGAGUAACGGAGGUGAAGGAACGGCGAGGGUAGGAGAGUAAGAGAGCAAAGAAAUUAAUUAAAAUAAAAAUAAACUCAAUUAACUGACUGUGUAUGUAUAAAAUUAACAAAAAAAAAAACUAUUUAAACGCGUUUAUAUAAACAUGCAUAUAAACAUACAUUUGCACAUAUGCUAUGUAUAUACACUGCUGCGUCAGGUGUACAUGUGUGAGUAAAACUACAUUACAAACAAAAAAAAAA